GGUCUACUGGAAGUUAUCAAAGCAAUAGGCUGGCAGUUAGCCGUCGGCCUUCAGAGUGGGUGUGUCGUUUGUAUGUUACAUUGAAUAUUAGUCGAUGAAUAUAAAUUAUGCUACGACAGUUCUCCUAGGUUUUGAUGUACAUUAUCUUUCGUCCUCCAAGAAAUGGCACGCGAUGAGAUUUAUGGUUUAUUUCCGAGUGAUAGGUGUGAUAGGUAUCUCUCGAUAGGUGUCGGUGACAUAGCAUCGAGACGUUCAUCGAAAAGUUGGAUUAUACGAAAAAUCGACGGAUAGAAGAAGCUUGUGUAAAUUUGAGUUUAAACGUGGCAUGUACAUAGUCUUGAAAACUGCUAAAAUGCAUAUAGUAGAAAAAGAAUCGGCUAUACCUUUUUUGGGAGAAAUAACGGACGCUGAUACGCGACCGUGGCACAGCUGUAGAAUUGAAUUUCUUGAAUCACAACUGCCGAAUUGUCACCUCCUGUAAUAAAGAACGACCAAGGGAAUUAGCGUUGUUGCCUUUUUAUCUUUUAAUUAUUUUUUUAUUAAUCACGUGGGCCGAUUGUCUAUCGCACAGAUAAGAUAUUAAUGCAUGAAAUAAGAGACAUCAAAACUCGAAUACGAAACUGACUCAUAUAUAAGGAACGAUGUAUUGAUCAAUCUAUUAUAAUAUAUUGUCAGUUUUAUUAUCUGUUACUCAUUCGUGUUAGCCGACAUGUUCCCCGGAGCGAGCGGUAUAUUUAAGCCGGGUCAACUUAAUGGAUUUCUCGAGAAAUUUAAGGAGACGAUGGAGGAAGGAGAUGAAAAUCUUGGUUUUCCGGUUCUCGAACCAUUCGUGAGCGAGCACCUGGAUAUAGAUUUGAAGAAAAGGAAAUUAUUCUCAGCAAAAGGACAUCUGAAGAAUUUACGCAUAGAUGGUUUGUCUAACUAUACAGUAAAGCAGGCUGAUUUCCCGAUGGCUGGUUUUAAAGCCAAAGUAACUCUUCUGUUCCACGAAAUUAAAAUUGAGACUCGGUACAAUAUGACAGGUACAUUCCUCGAUGAAGAUUCCUUCCACGGACGCGGUAACCUCGCCCUCCGCAUUGAGAGACUUAAAGUGACGACGGACCUGCAACUCGAGAUAAAGGAAGGGAGGCUGUACGUCUCAAACUUGGAAUUGCAGACCAGAGUAAGGGAAUUCGACUGUAAUAUCUCCGAAUUAUACGUCAACGAUGAUUUGUCCGAGGAUAUAAGCGAAACCAUCACUGAGGCGGCACCCAAUUUCCUCAAGGAGAAUCAAAAUCUAAUAUCGCAAUACGUGAGUAAGAUUCUGAGGAAUUUGGUGAACGACGUACUAAAAAAAUAUACACUGGUAAACUUGUUAGACAUGAUUGGCGGUUAAUCGAUAAUUCUAAAUACUCUUUCGUACGUCUAACAAAUAAAUUGGACUAAACAUAAAA